UUCGAUUCUGAAAUUCGAUGUUAUAUCAUUUUUUUUUAUGUUUUUAUUUAUUUUUAAUGUACAAUUUGAGUGAUGGGUAAAAAACGAAAAAAAUUUGACAAAAGGAUAUUAAAUUUUAGCUUUUAAGAGCUGACCAGAGAACAAAGUAGUUAAAGCUAGGGCUGAAACUUGAGAAGGUCCAGAAGAUAACGUGGCUGAGUACUAUCAGCAGCAGGUAGAGAUGCUAGAGGGAUUUAACGAAAUGGAUGCAUUAGCGGAACGUGGUUUUGUUCCUGGAAUGUCAAAGGAAGAGCGAGAAAACUUGGCUAGAAGCGAGACUUUGGCUAUUAGAAUAUCAAACAUUGCUAACAUGGUUCUUUUUGCUGCUAAAGUUUAUGCAUCUGUCAGAAGUGGUUCUUUGGCCAUCAUUGCAUCCACAUUAGACUCUCUUCUUGACCUUCUGUCUGGCUUCAUCUUAUGGUUUACUGCAUUCUCCAUGCAAACACCAAAUCCAUAUCAGUACCCUAUUGGAAAGAAAAGGAUGCAGCCAUUGGGAAUUCUUGUGUUUGCCUCAGUCAUGGCAACGCUUGGACUGCAGAUUAUCUUGGAGUCAGUGCGCACUAUGGUAUCUGAUGAUGAUGAUUUCAACCUUAGCAAAGAGCAAGAGCGAUGGGUUGUGGGCAUAAUGCUCUCAGUGACCCUAGUAAAACUUCUUCUGGUUGUUUAUUGUCGUGCUUUUACCAAUGAAAUCGUCAAAGCUUAUGCCCAGGAUCACUUUUUUGAUGUUAUCACCAACAUCAUUGGCCUCAUUGCUGUGCUCCUUGCUAAAUACAUUGACCACUGGAUGGAUCCUGUUGGAGCUAUCAUUCUGGCCUUGUACACAAUUCGCACCUGGUCAAUGACGGUGUUGGAAAAUGUCAACUCCCUUGUUGGAAGAUCAGCUGCUCCUGAAUAUCUACAAAAGCUGACAUACCUCUGCUGGAACCACCACAAGGCUGUAAGACACAUCGACACAGUGCGAGCUUAUACCUUUGGGUCUCACUACUUUGUCGAGGUUGACAUCGUUCUGCCAUCAGACAUGCCCUUGCAAGAGGCCCAUGAUAUUGGGGAGUCCUUGCAGGAGAAGCUCGAGCUACUGCCAGAGAUUGAGCGUGCCUUUGUUCAUCUUGAUUACGAGUACUCGCACAAACCUGAGCACGCUCAAGCCCACUCAUAGUACCUCAGAAACUCUGCUGUAAUAUCUGUUAUCGUCUUGUUGGUGCCUUUUGUUCCCACCCUAGAAGUUCAAUCGUUAAUUGUCCAUGAAAGUUGAACCAUGUAGAAACAAAUUGUAGUGGACAAAGAGAAUAUAUAGAUGAGAUAUUUUGUUA